AUAGCAUCUUAGUAGGAGUGGAUUUGAGUUUCUCCAUAACUUCUAAAAAUUAUGUAGCCGGAAUAAAAGUUUGACUUGAUCUCGCCCAUUUCCAGAGUAAAGCAGUACCAUAGGUCCACGCCCAUCGUGAAAAAUGGGUAAGAAAGGAAAAAAGGACAAGGGAAAGAAAGGAAAGAAAAGCGUUUUCGGAUCCAGGUCAGCACCUGGUCCGAUAGAACCUCCUGAACCAGUUCUUCCUAAAAAUACGCCCGUCUUCUCCUUCGAUCUUGUUAUCACCCGACUGGAGGUGAAGGGUGUGGUCCUGGCUGAUGCCAGAAAACUGCUGGUGAAGGUCGGCUUUGGGGGCAACAACCUCAGGCUCACAGCUAGCAGGACCAAUGUGAGCGAGUUCAAGCCGAAUGCCAGUCACACUUUUCAGGCGGAGCCACCGAAUCUUGCCCAGAAAGUCGACGAAAAUGGCAUAGACUUUGAGGUGGUGUACGAUGGGCAAGUUGUUGGUUUGGGCAAACUGAGUCUGCCCAAAAGAUUAAGCAACCGAAUAAAACUGGACAUGAAGGCAUUCUCCUACACCAGCACAUGUCCUUUGGAAAUGGAGGGAAAACCAGUUGGCGCAUUAGAGUUUCUUUGCAAGCUGCUCAUCAGAUGUGGCGAUUAUGCCAGGGAGGGCGAAACAUGCCCCAAUUUGGACAGGAAUCUUAGCCCCAAGGACAUAGUUUUUGUGGUCGGCAAAUCGCAGGCCAAUACCAGCUGCUGUGAUCCCUGUCGAGAUGCUCUGGAAAUCGAGGCGAGAAAACAGAAGGAUUAUAGUAUUCAAUCGAGGUUUAGUCAGAAAUAGAUAAUAGAUAGUUGAAAACUAUCCAUCACCAGAUAAUAGAGUUUGGUCACUUAGGAAGUUAUGUUAGAAGCAGGUCCCUUAAGUUAAUUAUAUACAAAAUUAUACAAAAAGUCACAAUUAUUCAUCGAUGUCACUUUAGAACACACUUUGAAUAAAGCUUUCAUUAAAUAACUUAA